AUGGGCUCACUCGGAAGAGAUCUUGAGAUCAACACGAACGAGAAGACUUCCACUGUCCGCGACCAUACCAUCGACAGUGAUGCUCCGUCUUCGCCCACCGACCAUCGAAAUGCAGUCUUGUCGUCUUUCUCCGCAGAGGAGGACAAGGCUGUCAUGCGAAAAGUCGACCGUCGCUUUCUGUUACUGAUUGGUCUCAUGUACAUGCUCAAGAAUGUUGACUAUACCAAUGCGGCGACCGUGAAGGUUCUUCAGGUCGGUGAGCCGAGAAACAUAUUGAAGCAGCUCCACAUGACUGCGGACGAGUACAAUUGGGUUCAGAGCAUAUACUUCGUGAGUCUUGUUGUCACUUGUGAUGCUCCAGCUGCUGAUAACGGCUCAAAGAUUAGUUACAUUGUCUUCGAAGUGCCAAGCAAUCUGAUCUUGAAGAAGGCAACACCCAGAAACUGGCAAUUCAGAAUCAUUGCUAGCUGGGGCGUGGUCCUCGCCUGCCAUGCUGCCGUCAAGAACAAGCAGGGUCUCUAUGCUGCACGCUUCUUCCUUGGGAUGAUGGAGGCAGGAUUGUUCCCCGGCCUCGCAGCUCAACUAUGUUCGUGGUACCGUAGCGAUGAAAUGGGCAAGCCUAUCAUGUGGAUGUUCGGUUUCCAGAACUGUGCCGGUAUCGUUGGGUCGCUUAUCGCCUACGGUGUUUCUUACAUGAACGGCCUCGGUGGUCUCAGUGGUUGGCAAUGGGUAUACCUUCUCGAAGGACUCUUUACGAUCCUCUUCGCAUUUGUGGUCUACUUUACCCUGCCCGAUUAUCCCAAGUCUCCCCGUUCCGCCAAAUGGCUCACACCUCGGGAGCAAGAAUACCUCGAACUACGUCUCACUGAGAAUGCUCCGCGCACACACGACAAGGCCUUCGACCGAGCCGAAGUACUUGCGUCGCUACGCGAUCCGCGAACCUACUCAUUCUGCGCCUCGCAAGUCCUGAUGAACCUCGGCGGUUACGGCCUGUCAUGGCAAUUGCCCACCAUCACCACAGCCCUGGGCUUUGCUGGACUCCCUCGCAACCAGCUUCUCAACAUCCCUCCCGCCGCAGCAAGUGUCUUGGCAAUCAUUUUCGCCGGCUGGUUCCUCAAGCGCGCCUACUUGACACGCCCAGAGUUCAUCAUGAUCAUCUGUGCUGGAGCUUUGAGCUUCUUCGUGAUCCUCUGCACCGACGUCUCGAAAGUCGCGAUCUACAUCGGGUGCAUAUUCGGCACCAUGUUCUAUGCCGUGUAUUUCAUCCCAUUCUGGGCAUGGCGGUCUGGCUCGCUCAUUGGAACUACCGGUACGGCAUUCACGCUCGCCUUCCAGUCCUGCAUCGGACAAGUGGGCGGUGUUGUUGGUCCGCAGUUGUUCCAGUCAAAGUACGCGCCCGACUAUAAGGUGUCCUUCGGCAUUUGUGCUGGUGCCAUCGGGGCCAGUUGGAUUGCCAAUUGUUUCACUUGGUACCUAACUUGGCGGAACGAGAAGGACAUUCAACGUGUUCGAAGGCUCAGGAUCAAGGCCAACAAGGAGGGCGCUGUGUUUAUAGGAGACGAUGUCAAGCUAUAA